AUAAACUCAGAAAGUAAGCACCAUUUAGAUGCCAGUCACAACAAGAAAUUCACAGAAGUCUAUAUUGACUCAGGAAGAGGCUGAAGAUAAGGACGAGGUUGUAGAUGAGGUAGCAGACGAGGUUGAAGAUGAUGACGAAGACUUGUUCGACCCAACCGGUAGUGAACAGGAUGAGGAGGAGGAGGUUAGUAGCCAGGCAAAACUGACUCAAGGGACUGGACUUACACAAAAUUCAAGGGUCUCUCAGAGAACAACCAGGUCUUCUAAGAAUAGCUCAAAACUUAACUCUCAAGUGACCAUUAACUCGGAGAAGAAAGCUGCCCAAGUAAAGAAGACAGGUUCUGAAAAAGUUUAUGCCAAGAUUCGCUUAAAGGGUAGCGCUGAUCUCGAGAUUAAAGAGUUUGAUUACAGAGGAUAUGUUGAUACUUGAAACCUCUCCCAAUUUAAAGCCACAGAACAAGACAUCAGGAGCAUCAACUUUAUAAUUCAAAAGCAUGGCUAUAUUUUUGAAGACGAGGAAGAAAUCAAGGACUGGGUCAAAGAGCGAGAAUUACGCCUAAAAGUAGCGAAGGGGCUUUAUAAAGGCCAAGCUAAAGGAGCUAACUGCAAUCCAAUCCAAAGUUUCGAGUUCCAACAAGCCAUACUUAAAGAAGUCAGUAAGGUGAAGGAAGGGAAACAUGGCUCAGAAGGGCCUAAAGUCCGAAGAUCUAUCAGAGAACAGAAGAAAAAGAGAGAUGAAGCUUUUGAAUAUGAUAUUGAUAAUGACUCAAAGCUAAUAAAAGACGACUACAAACCUCGAGACGAUCAUGACAGUGAUGAAAUGCAAGAGCUCGAAGACCUUGUCGAUGAAAGAUCUAACAGAAGAUCCCUAAGGAGGCUCCUCCGAAACCUAAGAGGAAGAGAGGAAGAGGAGGAAGAGAAAGAAGAGAUCAAGGAAGAAAUUAAAGAACCAGCUAAAGAGUUUCCUGUUAAAGUGAAGAAAAAGACUAGAAAGAACCUUCGCGAACAGCAAUAUCAAGAUGAGAAAAAUCUUCAGAACAGAUUAAUAUCUUUAAUAAAGAUCGUUAUGAGCAAGAUUUCCAAAAUUAAAGAUCUUCCUGAGAUCAACUCUUUGUGUGAGGAAGAGCUUUCAAAAGUUAGGAAUUUUCAGUACGAGUCUUCAGGAAAUUUCCUAAAUGGUUUCAGAAAGAGCAUCACUGAAGAAUGAAUUAGAAUACUUCCAGAAGUAGAGCAUGACAAGCUUCGCUCCUUCAUUAAGUAUAUUGAUGUUUUAGUGAACAAUAUUCCAGACCAAAGCUUCAAGUUUAGCAUAGCAAGGAAGAAGAGGCAGGAUUUGGGCAUCAAAACUGACUCAGAAGAAGGUCCUGAUGGGGCUAAAAGUGAUGAAAAUGUUGUUCCAAAAGUAGUCCAAGACGAAGCUGAGAAGAAAAUAGCUGAACUUGAGGCUCAAGUCAAGAAACUUAAGAAUAUCAUCAAUAUUUCUGAUAAAAGUACCAAGAUAAUUGAUGAUGAAGCUGAAAUCUCGUCUGAAAGCGAGCAAGAGAAGCUAGUGAGGCCGCCCAUAAAUGACAGUUUUCGAUUUAAUCUAAAGCAGAAGUUACUUAAAUUAAAGAAAGAGGAAACUUGUAGAUUUAUCAGUUUCCUUGACUACAACAAUAUUAGUUGAUACGACAAGGAGACUCGGCGGUUAAAUCUUGACCUGAACAUCAUCCCUGAAAGGAUGAUCAGGAAGAUGGACAAUUUCUUAGAUAAAAUACUUAAUAACAAAGAAAGUGAGGUCCAGCAUUUGAUCAGUAAGAGUAGAAAGAGGUCUAUGAAGAGAGAAAAGAAGGGCUUGACAAACAAAAAUAAUGGAAGACUUUUCAUCAGAGCUAAGCAUAAUCCCCCAUCAGCAAGUACUUUGGAAAAGGUUAAAGAGCUAAAUCAGAAAAUCAAAGAAGAUAAUAUUUUAGAGUCCAGUUCAUCUGACUCUUCAAGCUCUGAUAACGAAAAAGAGCCUAAAAAUAACUCAGAUGAAGCUUUUAUAAGAUUUAAAAAGAAGCAGGAUGAAAUCAAAGAGAAAGAACAGCAAGAAGAAGCACAGAAGGCUAUCAAGAAGCAAUCAAAUAUUGGUUCGUUCUUGGUCAAAAAGAAGUUGCCAGAAACUCCUAUUGUGCCUCAUGAUGAAAGUUCGACUGGCGUGCAUGUAGAUUCAAACAAGGGGUCUUCCUAA